AUGCGCUUGGGACUUGGAGGCACUGAUCUCGCUGCUUUCGGGUCCGUCAGCAGCUGCUGGCACUACAAUGCCGGGAACCACUUUGCAAUUGAAAAUGUGUGGUGGAAAUGUCUUUGCGGACUCCUUCGUCCCUCUCGUGCUCACCUGCUUUGGACGUGUGCUGAAACUUCUCAUUUGCGUUUCGGGCUCCAGCUCCCUCAAAACAGGUGCGAGGAACGGCCUUUGGAGCGCGGUGUCCCUGAACAACCGCCUGCGCCUCCCACUCUUGAUCCUUGUGGGUUCUUCGACGACCUUGUGGAGGAGCUCAAGGCGCAGCUUCAACAGGACCCGGCGGUGCUUUUCUUGGCGAGUAACGGCUCCGAGCAUCACAGCGUGGGUUCCUUUGCUGUGUGUGUGCAGCCGGGGACGUACAGGGGUGCCACGGGCAAAGGCGACGAGGACCAGAAAGCCUACAAACAGGAGUUGCUUGGCUUUGAGCUUGCGGCUCGUGCUCUUCAUGAGGCUGAGGCUGCUACUCGAUGGACCGCUCGACUGAUCUUUGUGUUUGAUUGUCAGUCGGCCCUUCAAGCUCAACUACUUGCUUAA